GUCCUGAUAGGAUUUUGGCAAGCUCUGUGCACAACCAAUGGCAAACAGCAAAGAAUCUCCAUUCUCCGAUGACUCCCCCAAAGAUAACAUAAUUUUUACAGUGCAUAAGUGUCAACCUGAGUUGGUGGCUCCUGCUAUACCUACACCUCAUGAACUUAAACUACUGUCUGACAUAGAUGAUCAGGACUUCCUACGUUUCCCACCUUCACUCAUCCAAAUUUAUCGUAAUGAAUCACCAACAGUUGAGAAAGAUGCGGUUGAAAUCAUUCGAGAGGCACUCACUAAAACACUUGUUUUCUAUUAUCCAUUUGCGGGUAGGCUUAGGGAGGUGUAUGGUCGUAAAUUGAUGGUGGAUUGUACUGGGGAAGGGGUCAUAUUCAUUGAGGCCGAUGCUGAUGCAACACUUGAUCAAUUUAGUGGCUCUCUUCAACUUGCUCCAUUCCAAUACUCACAACAAUUCCUGUAUGAUUCAUGCUCGCAAGAAAUUACUAAUUGUCCUCUUCUAGUUAUUCAGGUCACACGACUCAAGUGCAAUGGCUUAAUCUUAGGCAUUCGGUGGAACCACAACAUGAGCGAUGCAACAGGUUUGUCACAGUUCAUGAACGCGUGGGCCGAAAUGGCUCGAGGUGCACGCAAGCCUUCGAUUGCACCAGUGUGGCGCAGGGACCUUCUAAUGGCAAGAGACCCACCACGCAUUACAUGCCACCAUCGUGAAUUCGAGCAAGUCCUAGGAACCAACGAAAGGACCAUUUCAUACGACAACAUGCUUCAUCGACCAUUCUUCUUUGGACCCACCGAGGUAGCCGCCAUUCGUCGCUUGGUUCCCCACCACCUUCGGAAUUGCACCACUUUCGACGUGAUCACGGCAUGCUUAUGGCGCUGUCGCACAAAAGCAUUGCGAAUAGAUGCAGACGAGGAUGUUAGCAUGAUGUGCAUCGUCAACGCGCGUGCGAGGUUCAAUCCUCGGAUACCCGUUGGUUACUACGGCAACGUUUUUGCAUACCCCGCAGCAGUCACCACCGCAAGGAAGCUUUGCGAAAAUCCUUUUGGGCACGCCGUGGAGAUGAUAAAGAGAGUGAAAAAAGAGGUGACGGAGGAGUACAUGCAUUCCGUGGCAGAUCUAAUGGUGCUUAAAGGACGACGCAUGUUCACAAGAACUAUGAGGUCUUGUAUCGUGUCGGAUUUGACGAGUAUUGGGCUUAGAGAUGUGGAUUUUGGAUGGGGCAAGGCGGUGUCUAGUGGAAUGGCUAAAGGUGGAACUGGUGACUUUCCUGGGACAACCCCUUUCUAUGCGCAUAAGAAUGCCAAAGGAGAAGAAGGGGUAGUGGUACCACUUUGGUUGCCUGCUGAGGCUAUGAGUAGGUUUGUGAAAGAGUUGGAUGACAUGGUUGGGAACCAAAACCAACCCCCAACAAGUGGUUCUUCUUUUAUCAGGUCUACCUUCUAGAGUUGAACUUGAAGCUUAUACCAAGCUAGGUCAUAAUAAUUUGGAAGGUGCUCAAGAAAAUUUUACUUUACUAUGAAAAUAUAAUAUUCAAUAAAUGUAUCCGUAGAAGGAUUUGUUUGGGUAAACUCUGUA